UUCUCCCUUGAUCUUAACCUAAAAGAUCGGACGAGUGUUCGCAUUCAUGGUGUUGGGGGCCGUACAGUGCCAAAGUUAUGGAAACACGAUUUAUCAUAUGUUUCGCGUAUUAAUCCCGACAUAGUUAUCUUAGAUAAUUGGCACUAAUGACCUUUCGGUCGAAGAUCCCAACGUCGUAGCCACCUCAAUAGAGGUUUUAGUUCGCUAUUUACACGAUCAUUUUGGUCAGCGGUCAGCGAAGAUGGCUGCUGAAAAACCGGCUCUGUAAUUUUCAACCCAUAUGUGGCCUUAAAUCCGGGAAAAUCUUCGCCAUCUUAUGUUAAAAUUAUUUGUAUUACAUGAAGUUGUCUUCUUAUACAGCAUACCAAGAUAUUUGACUACAUUUUGAGGAAAAAACGCUAAAUCAUGUCGCUAUUUGGGCGCAAGCACGACCGAAGUGGAGAUGAAAGCACUACACCCACGAAAACCAGCAAGAAACAAGACCUAGAGGAAACACCGAUGAAACAGAAUUAUUCUAACACUGAUGAUGAUCAAGCCUCAUCUUUUUGGGUUGGCCUCUUUUGGAGGUCAAGAUGAACUCUUGGAUCGAAGGGAAGUUACAUUCACUGGUAGCCACAGUAGCCACAGAAGAGUCUCUCACAGAGGCAAUCGGCCUCAAUGAAUUCAAAGAUGAUCUCAUGAACGAGAUCGAAGACAAAUUUGGCAAAAGUGAACAAUAUUCUAGGCGAAACAAUAUCAGGAUUGGGGGGAUCCCCGAAGAUGAUUCGGAGGAACGCGAGCAAACAGAUGGCAAAGUGAUUAACCUGAUAAAGGAAAACCUAGGAAUCACAAUAUUACCAACAGAUAUAUGCCGAUCUCACCGCACUGGCAAAAAGAAAGAUUCUAAGCCACGGCAAAUAAUUGUAAAAUUCACCCGCCACAACACCAAACUGGAAGUUAUGAGAAAACGAAAAGAACUUAAACAAAAGAAAUCAAGCAUCUUUAUUAACGAAGACCUAACCCAACAACCCCGUCUAAAAAUGGUAAAACUGUUGAAAGAUGAAGGGAAGGAUUUAAUUUCCAAGAGCUGGAGUGCAGAUGGAAUAAUCUUUGUGCGUCUUAACAAAAAUGAAGCAAACGGCAACAACAUCAAAUUUCUUUUACAAAAGUAA